UUGUUUGCCUGCAAAUUCUUUUUCGAUUUUAAGUUUAAAAAAAAACGAAACGGAAAUAUUUUAGAAACGAACACAAAUGCUAAUUCAAUUCAACGGCUUAUAGAUCGCUAUAUAGUAGGAAACAAUCGCAACGCGAUAACAUAACAUAUCAUAAUAAAAAAAAAACGUAACGAACGUAAGUUUAGGAAUAGAGCUAAUUUCGGGUGCGUAUAACUCCAUUAGAAGACGAUUAGCAUAGCAAACUAGUUAAUGUAGAGUGACAGCAGGAAGCAGAAAAAAAAGCACUAAUUCAAUCAGACCCAUCUGAAAAGCCAACAAAUAAAAAUAAACUCAAAAAAAACUCAGUCCAAGCGAGAGUGACAGCCGUGACACGGAACCAAACAGAAUCGUUCCGCUGCUGGGGCUACCACCCGCUCAACUAAAGUAAAGGACACGGCGGUCCAAACGCAAACUAACUAGAAAACUUUGUCAAACACUCGAGUAAAGCAGCAGCAAACGUGCGCGUGUGAAAGUUUAUCUCGUUCUACAAUUUGUGCUGAUCCCAGAACUCAAACACAGAUACGGGGGGAAAAAAAAGAGACGCUCAGACGGUCAGAAAGAGCAAGUGCUUUAAUUUGAACACGUUCACAGCAAAAGAAGAAGCGCCGUAAGGUACGAAAACCAGCUGCAAGAUGUCCUCCUCCAUGCCACUGACCAUGGACCAGCGACGCUUGAAUUGGCCAACAUUUCUGCUCUCGCUGCUACUGCUCCAAGCGACUGCGAAUGCCAUCGACUUGAGUCGCCUGUACGGGCACAUGGCCAACCCCAUACAGAAGCGUAGCGAUGCCUGCCAUCCGUACGAGCCUUUUAAGUGCCCCGGCGAUGGUAAUUGCAUUUCCAUACAAUAUUUAUGCGAUGGUGCACCCGAUUGCUCCGAUGGCUACGACGAGGACAUGCGCCUUUGCACUGCUGCCAAACGGCCACCCGUCGAGGAGACUGCAUCGUUUCUGCAGAGCCUAAUCGCCUCUCAUGGACCUAAUUACCUGGAAAAACUCUUUGGCAGCAAGGCACGUGACGCGCUCUCCCCGUUGGGCGGUGUGGAGAAGGUGGCCAUCGCCUUGAGCGAGUCGCAAACUAUUGAGGACUUUGGAGCCGCAUUACAUCUAAUGAGAUCUGACCUGGAGCACCUGCGUUCCGUUUUUAUGGCCGUGGAGAAUGGAGAUCUUGGCAUGUUGAAAUCGCUUGGCAUUAAGGACUCCGAGUUGGGCGAUGUAAAGUUCUUCUUGGAGAAAUUGGUUAAUACCGGUUUCCUUGACUGAGUAGCGCCGGAUCCGGCUUCUGGAUUUUAUUAUGCACACGCACAGCCCAUUAACCCUAAUUUCUAUUCAUACUUGGGCACGCCCUACGACAAUUACAAUUAUUAAAGGGGCGUUGCAGCCAACAAAUACACACACACUCACACACGCAUAC